AUUAUCAGUUUUUAUGCAGCUGAAUCAGAACAAAAAGGACAAAAAAAACUGAUCGGUUUGUAUAUUACCUAAUACCUCACAUCCGCAAUGUUCCUUACCUCAUAGAUUCAAGGACCAAUGUCUGUCGCCCAUUUCAUGCGACAGGUCCUUGUCAACCCUCUGAGCGGAUAUUACAUGAAGGGAGAUGUUUUUGGAGCAGAAGGCGAUUUUAUUACCUCUCCUGAGAUCAGUCAAAUGUUUGGAGAGCUCUUAGGUAUUUGGUUUCUGGUGCAAUGGCAAAACAUUGGGAAGCCUUCAUCCAUCCAAAUUGCAGAACUGGGUCCUGGACGUGGUACAUUGAUGAUGGAUAUGUUACGAGCGGUAUCUAGGUUUAAAGACUUUAGAAAUGCCAUCUCAGGCAUACAUUUAAUUGAAGCCAGUCCAGGCCUCCGUCGAGUCCAACGCGAGAGGCUAUGUGGGAUUCCAGUUUCAGAAGAACAGAUCGGUGGAGGAAGCAGAGAAGGAAUUACUUCUGCUGUCAGACCAGAUGGCCUUCAAAUCUCAUGGCAUGAUGUCUUUGAUGACCUUCCAGAUGAGUGCUCUUUAAUCGUUGCGCAUGAAUUUUUUGAUGCGCUCCCGAUCUAUAAAUUUGAGAAGACUGAGGAGGGUUGGCGUGAGCUAGUAGUGGAUUUGGAGGUUGAUCCAGCAAGUCCAUACCACCUUCGUUUUGUCCUUGCUCCUGGACCCACGCAAGCCUCAAAAGCGUUUGCAGAGCACCCUGCUUAUGAUCAUUUCAAGCCAGGAGAUCGAAUUGAAAUUUCACCCGAUUCGUUUAGAGUGGCACAUGAAAUUGCGAAACAUAUCCACAAAAACACUGGUUCUGCACUUAUCAUAGAUUACGGCAAGGACCAUGUACAAGGAGAUACGCUACGAGGUAUCCAUAAGCAUGCGUUCACGCACGUCCUGACUCAACCAGGAAGAGUUGAUCUGAGUGCUGAUGUUGAUUUUGAGUACUUGAAGCAAGCAGCAGGGGAGCUCGUCGAUUCCUAUGGUUCUAUCACACAAGCACAUUUGCUCCACUCUUUAGGAAUUGGCGCUCGUCUCGACAUGUUACUUGCAAAGGCUGCUGGUCACCGACGUGAAACUUUGAUUAGUUCAUACCAUCGGCUAGUUGAUCCCAAAGAAAUGGGAUCUGUGUAUAGAGCCAUGGCCAUGACUCCUCGUGGUUCACCCAUCCCUAUUGCAUUUGAGCUACAGCAGCCACGACUCAAAUCAUCCAAGUUGUAAAUUGGUUAUUGAUCAAAAUAAAAUAAAACAGAAAUAAUAAUAAU